AUGAUCGACCAACUAGAUGCCUCGAAGGAUGCCAAUGACAAAAAGCUGCAUACCAAUUCCAUUCCGAACCAAGGUUCUGCCGUCCACGGCGCAUCCCUGCUCAUAGGCCUCCAGAUCGCGUCGCGCGCCAUCACCUUCGUAGCCAACCAGCUGCUGCUCCGCUUCCUAACCGCUCAGCUACUAGGAGUUUCAACUCAGCUCGAAGUCUACUACUUGUCCGUCCUAUUCUUCGCCCGCGAGAGUUUGCGCGUAGCUAUCCAGCGCCAGGAGAGCCCAUCUACUUCGCGUUCUGGUGACGGCCUAGCCAAGAAUGCGAGAGACAGCCAAUCUGUCGUGAACAUUGCGCAUAUAUCUCUCCUGUUAGGUCUGGGAGCUUCUGUCGGACUGGGCUGGGCCUACCUUAGCUAUGUCGACGUUGCUACCGCUGCUACGCCUUACCUCGAUGUCGCCCUCCGUAUAUACGCCGUGGCGGCUAUGGUCGAGUUACUCUCCGAGCCCGCCUUCGUGAUACUGCAAUAUCGAUUACGCUUUGGGCCUCGUGCCGCAGCCGAGUCUCUCGCCACAUUCUUUCGAUGCCUCGUUACCUUCGGGGCGGCUAAUUGGGCCUGGAGGAAGGGUUUGGAGAUUGGCGUCUUACCAUUUGCCCUCGGACAACUAGCCUACGGCACGGGACUCCUCGCUGUUUACGCGUGGUAUGGCGCACAAUUGGCGUCUGCCGAGGGUUUCUCCCUUUUCCUAAGGACAAGUCCUCCCUCGCAGAAAGGGACUAACAAGAAAGUAGAGACAGCGCAGGCUCUCGACACUGAUUAUGUACUCGGAUACUUUUAUGGACCGACCCUACAACUCGCAUAUAGCUUGACGGCUCAAUCGUUCGUAAAGCACCUCCUUACCCAGGGCGAUACAUUUCUAGUUUCCAUCCUCUCCGACUCGAGAUCCCAAGGCGUUUAUGCUCUCGCCAAUAACUACGGGAGCUUGCUUGCACGCUUAGUCUUCCAACCUAUCGAGGAGAGCAGUCGCAACUAUUUCAGCAAGCUACUCUCUUCUGCAAAGAGCUCUCCCGGAAAGCAAACCGUCGCCAAGGCGCGUUCGGAUUUACAGGCGCUCCUGAAGUUUUACGUCCUCUUAAGUACGGUGGUUAUUACCGUGGGGCCCUACGCUGCGCCUUUGGUGGUUCAGAUUGUCGCGGGCACCAAAUGGUCCGCCAGCGGAGCCGGAGCAGUGUUGGCGCGGUAUUGCUUAUAUAUCCCGCUCCUAGCUAUCAACGGCGUCGCGGAAGCGUUUGUAUCGUCGAUCGCCACGGAAUCCGAGGUGCACCGCCAGAGCUUGUGGAUGGGCGCCUUCAGUGUAGCAUUUGGCAUUGCCGGGUUUGUCUCGCUCCGAGUUUUGGACCUGGGCGCUGCCGGUCUCGUGUAUGCAAACGGCAUCAAUAUGCUAUGCCGCAUCAUCUGGAGCGGAACUUUUAUCACGCGGUAUUUUCGGGCUAACGAAAUCGACUUUAGCUGGAACAGUAUCCUUCCAAGUAACUUGGCCCUCACGACUGUUGCUGCUGCGGCGUUCUGGGCUUCCCUGGCGAGAGCCGGCAUUUCUAUCGGUAGCACAUCGCCAUACGUAUUUGUAGAUCUAAUCACGGUUGCAACUAGAGCCGUGCCCUUUGUAAUCAUCAUUGCCUAUGCCGAACGCAAAUACUUGCUAGACUGCUAUAAUUCCAUCCGCGGCCGUGGCGAAGCGUCAAGGUAA